CAGUAGAAGACCGUUGACUUUAUAGGGAACAUAACUUGUUUAACUUGUUAGGCUAAUUAUUUUCGUUGAAGGUGUACUUUCGGUUUGAAAACUUUCAACAACUGUUCAGUUUCAAGUACACCUGCCGGUUGAUUGGAGCAUUAAUAAUGACGACCGAAAAGAAGGAACAGACACAGAAGCAACAACAAGUGUAUGGAGGAUCAAAUUAUUACUUUGAUAAAAGUGAUAAUUUUGGAUGUUGUCUAAUAAUUAACAUUAACAAAACCAUGAAGACUAUAGGAGGGGGGCAUUCAAUACAGAAAUUUCGAACUGGUGCUGAGGCAGAGGUGAAGAAACUACAAGAUGUUUUUGGAAGGUCAACUUAUAAAACAGACGUGAUCAAAGAGGAAGCUGGAAAAAAUUGUGUGCUUUCUGAAAUAGACAAAUACAUUGAAGGAAACUGUGCUAAGGGAGGAUGUUUAAAAACCUGCAGGGUCUUUGUUUGUGUUGUAUUAGCAUUUGGAGGACCAGGAUUUUUCUAUGACAGCAAAGGCAACAGAAUUUCUUUGUCCACAGUAGUAAAAAAAUUCCAGUCUUGUACAGCCCUUCAGCUUAAGCCAAAGUUGUUUGUUGUUCAGUCAUGUGACAUUGAUUUACAACCCGUGGGGAAGCAUUUAUUUGGUGAUGUAGAGGGCAGAUCUGUUCAACCUUUGGCUCGAUGGCCUCGAGAAGCAGAUGUUCUCAUCUACCAGUCCAACAUUUCAGGAGAAUAUGACUGGCAUCCAGAUCUGAUAAAACACUCUUCACUGAAGAACCAGGGCACACCAGCUCUCCGGUCCUGCACUUUCAUCAAAUAUUUCUGUAAUUCUAUGAAAAGUUUACAGGAUGAGAUAGAGAAAGAAGAGGAAAAGGAGAAAGAUCCCAGGAAAGCAGAGACAGCUACCAUUGAGAAUAUGCAAAAUUACAUUGAAUUUAAUGAGGUGAUUUUGAGAACAAAUAUAAAGUUGGGAAAAUUCAUAAAAGAUCGCAUGAACUGGGAUCUGGUGGAUGGAACAUGGAGCACUGUUCCUAGAUUACCUGUUGUAACAGACCAGCUCGCCAAACUGCUGUUUCUACCUUGUUUGUAUCGAUGAAGUUCAUCAGGGAUUCAAGUGGCAUCAUCAUAUACAAUAUUUCAUUGCAUUAUCAAGACUCAUAUCCCAAAAUGAAACAAAAUUUUACUCUCAAAAAAUGUUUAUGAA